UGUGAACAAUUUCAAAACACCUAUUACUGUCACCGUUUCUAAACAUUCAAACAACAACAAAAAACCGUAAACGCGUUUUACCUCAAAACACAUGUAACCUUUUAUCACCCAGUACAUAUUCACAGUUUGCGGUGAACAUUCCGCUCGCAAGAUUCUUAUUUUCUAUAAGUAUUUAUGGUUCUAUAUGUCUGGAGCGCGCCAUGCGGCUAAAAAAGAUUAUGACAUCCCUCGCGAAGCGACAGCCCUAUAAAUCCUACUUACAUACCGCAUCCAACCAAAAAUACACCUUAAACCAACUAAAAUAAAGUUGGGUUUGAGCCAUCACUACGUAUAGAUACGUCGUCACAAAUUCAAUGAUGCCCAGCUUAAUUUAUAGCCCGCUAUUCAAUAUCGAUCUGUAACUCCCGAGCGUAUGGUUUAUUAUCGUUUAGCAGCGAAGUCUAUCCUAUUCGAAUAAAUCUAUAAUAUGAAGGCGGGAGCGUGGUGGGGUUAGCGCCGCCCAGCGCUCGCCAUGGCAGUGAGGUGCGAGCCGGCGCCGAAGGACCAUGUGUUGUAGUGUUGUGUUCCGUGUGUGAACGAUGGUGUUAGAGGGCGGGUUGCCGGCGCCGCUGCAGCUGUACGCGGCGGCGGCGGCGGGGCUCGGGCCGCGGCCGGCGUGGCCGCCGUUCCUGCCGUUUUUCGGCGUGCCGCCGCCGUUCCUGACGCGGCCGAGGCUGCCGCACCCGCUGCCGGCGCGCGCGCCGCACGGGCCGCCGAGCGAGGACAGCAAUGAGGAUGGCGGGAGUAGUAAAGGUGGCGUGGACGACGACGGCGACAGCGGCAAGCGGCGGCGCUCGCGCACCAACUUCAACUCCUGGCAGCUGGAAGAGCUGGAGCGAGCCUUCCUUGCCUCCCACUACCCGGACGUGUUCAUGAGAGAAGCCUUAGCUAUGAGGCUGGACCUUAAGGAGAGCAGAGUAGCCGUAUGGUUCCAAAACCGACGAGCGAAAUGGCGGAAGAAGGAGCACACAAAAAAGGGCCCCGGACGGCCGGCCCACAACGCGCACCCGCAGUCUUGUUCCGGAGAACCCAUACCGCCGCACGAGCUCAGGGCCCGCGAGAGGGCGAGAAGAAGAAAGAAGCUGGCCAAAGCGCUCGACCGCCAAGCUCGGAAGCUGCGCGCCAAGGGCAUAGCAGUCGACCUCGAGGCCCUCAAGGCUGAGUACCUAGCUCAGCACAGGAACAGUGGCCUUUACUCCGACUCAGAUGGAGAUGUGGACGGAGAGGACAGCAUGAUCGACGUGGUAGGAGGUGACUCCUGUCACGACUCCGGCCCUGAAGACUUCUCUUUGUCUAGUAGACUUCGAGCCCCAGCACACGGAGACGCUAUCAACAACUCAGAUAGCUCCACUUCCGACGCACAUUCAGGGAGAAACUUCAGCCCUCUCCCGGACCCUCAGCAGGCCUUCUUCAAGCAGUUCGGACCCUCCAACUUCGAAAAAUUCGACUUUGACUCAGGGCGCGCGGUAUCUUUAGACCUCAGCGGCGGGAGCACGUCAGAACAAGACCUGGCGAAGAACGGGGGUAGAAAGCACAACCCGUUCAGUAUAGAGUCCCUGCUUAAUACGUGAAAGUGACUUUGAAUAGUGACUAUAGAGGCUCUUAUUGCCCAGGUGUGAAGAGCCUGUUUACUUGUGUGAAUAGCGUUUUUGACGUUGCCCAAUAAUGUGCAUAUACAAAAUAUCCAUUUCAUGACGAGUAAGUUCUAAUUAUAAUGUAUCUUAUAAAUAAUGUAACAAAGUAAUGACUGUUAUAUCGAACACACUUGAACUUUUGAUUGUAUUUGGAAAAGGUUUAUGUCACACUUUAUUGUGCAUUUA